AUGAUAUCAUGUUUAACAAUAUUUCGUCAGUUACUAUUCACAACGAUCGCCGUUACAAAAAGCCUGAACGCUCGUACAAAAGCUGCAAAGAAUGAAUGGGUGUGGGUGGAGGGGUGUAAUAAAUCUGCUGUAAACACUCCUGUUAUGGAGCCGGUUCUGGAUGCGUCCUUAGUGGCGCAAUCCAUAAAUUACCAUGGACAGCAAUUACAAAAGGCGUGGGAGGGCGAACGAGGAGAAGAGGACUUGGCUAAAAUAGGUGUAGGCCCCCUAGACUUUGCCGUUUACCAGUCCAGACAUAAGCAUCUUACUUUCCAAGAUCGGGGAAAGCGAUUAAAUUUACAUCAGUUUAUUGCAAAAGAGGCAAAUGCCUUAUUUGAUGCUUCAUUAUUAGAAGAAACUCCAUCGUCUUCUAGUUUAGGGGCAGAUGCAACUACGCCAGAAGACAACUUGUAUGCUUUGAUGCCACCAUUUGAAACAUUUUUGAAUGUAGACAAAUCUGCAAGGCUGAGGCAUUUUUUUGAUAAUGUGAAGACAGGAGAACUUAUCAUUGGAGCAGUGAUCAACAGAACAGCAUCUGGAAUGAUGUUGAAGGUGCUAUGCACAGCUGCUCCCACUCCCAGAUAUGUUGCUGAUAUCAAUGUAAAGGCAUUUUUACCAGUUGCAAAUAUCAUACCAGCUGUGGACAAGAAAAAUGUGUCAAGAAACUACCUGAUGAAUGACACAGUGUGCUGUGAAGUGAUAGAAGUUAUCCCUGACACGGACAAAAUGGUGUGCGGCAUGAAGGGGGUCACUCGGGGCCCUGAUGAUCCCCCACCUAAGCCACCUCUAGGACUCCUCAGCACUGAUGACUUUCCUCUGCUCCAAGGGAACAGGAAAACUAUGGAAAUGAAGGGAGAAAGUUAUGAAGCUAUUUUGGAGAAGAGUCCUGGCUUCAAUAAUCCUAACUGCGUCCAAUACCUCUCUGAACUUCUUGGGAUCUCCAAUAUGUACUGCACAAAUUUUUCAACACUGAGGGGAGGAUUUUCAACAUCAGAAUACGCGGAUGAAUUACGUCAAGCUCAAGCAAGCAAAUGGGCAUUCAGAUCUGUGGCCCAAGGAAUAGAACAUUUCAAAGCAGGAAGACAUUCUGAAGCAUUCCAAUGCCUUAAUAAAGCACUAAGCAUAGAUCCUAGAAAUGUUGAAGGUCUUGUGGCAAGAGGAGCUCUAUAUGCUAAUAGUGGAACAUUCAAGAAGGCCAUAGAGGACUUUGAAACUUCAUUGAAGCUUAAUCCUAAUCAUGCGAAUGCGCGCAAAUACUUAGGAGAAACAUUAGUUGCUCUAGGUCGAAGUUACGAGGACGAAAAUAAAAUACCUGAAGCGCAAAAGGCUUAUGAGGAUUGCUUAGCUAUUAUACCAUUCCACGAAGAAGCCCAAAACUCUUUAGACUUCCUUAGAAGCAAAACUUCUGCUACCAAACCCUUGAUAGAACCAGAUGAACUAUUACUACCAGGCUUAACAGGAGCAAAAUCAUUUGAAAUGCAGGAGACCUUAAAACAGUUGCUCAAUUUAACAGAGAAAAAGGAAAAAAAGAAAAAGAAGAAGCGCGGUAAGGGAAAAAAGAAACGAUCCAGCAGUUCUUCUUCAUCGUCAAGCGAUUCAUCAAGCUCCAGUUCUUCUUCGGAAUCUUCUUCUUCAUCAUCAGAUUCCAGUGAAUCAGAAGGACCUAAUCGCAAAAAGAAACGUCGCUCGCAGUCCAACAAUAAGAGGCAGCGGUCUCUCUCCCCGCUCAGCAAGCGCAUGGCGAUGUUAGGUGACGCGGACUCGGCGUCUAGGACUCACAACUCGCAGUUUAACCACCCCUACGGGUACCAACCCCCACCCCCACCUGUCGAAGAACCAGCUAAUAUGCCCGUCAAAUCGCAGGCGGACAUUGACUAUGAAUUAAAGGUACGAAAGUUCCUAGAAAUGACCAAAGAAGAUUCUGACUAUGAAGACAAAGUACGUAACUUCCUAGAGGAAACUGCUCAGUAUAAGCGCAAUCGUAAAAUGCAAGAGUUGGGACAACAGACGCAACCUGGUGCAGAUCACGAUAAGAAGAAGAAGAAAAAGAAGGACAAGAAAAAGAAGAAAGAGUCAAAACGUAAGCGAAAGGAGCAAGAAAGAGAGGAAAAGAGAAAAGCAAAAUUGGCACGCAUGUCUAACAACUCAGAAUAUAAUCUCCGGGAUUUGGAUAACAUAGGCGAUAAGAAAUUACGUGAUGCCAUAAGGAAAGAAUUGAAAGGAAAAUCAAAGAGGGAUCUAAGUUCAGAAGGAGAAUAUGAGAGAAAACACAGUGAGAAAAGCCGCAUACUGGACGAGAUGCACGGCCUAGAGGAGCUUGAGUCCAAGUUAAGCGCUUACCACGUGAUGGUAGAGAAGGAAGUACUAGGCAAGAGAGACCGUUCGUCGGUCAGUCCUAUAGACCAAGCGCCGCCACCGCCCCUCGAGAAACCAAAAUGGAAGAUGUCAAUGAAUGCCGUUAAAGAUCCUGUUAAGAAGAAAGACACUCCAGCACAAAAGGGAUAUAAGGAGCGCUAUGCAUUUGAAGAUAGCUCUGAUGAUUCACAAGACCAUACCAAGCCUUCACCAUCAAGCGGCGACAAGAAUGUCUCAGUGCGGCGAGCGAUGGCGAUGAAGGAGCCACCACCGCUGCCGUCGGCGCCGCCGCCCAAGCCCGGCCGCGAGCCCGACCCGCCCGGCACCGAACCCACGCACCACCAGCCACACACCUCGCAUGCACCGCCAGUGCGUAAGGGCAACAUAGUACUGGACAAAUUUGGUUCAUUCCGUCUGGCCAAAGAGGGAGAGACCCCAGUGUCUGUGGGCGACGGUAGACCGGAGCAGUUCGUGACGCGCAUCAAGCCGCCGACACCGUCCGGCAGGCGGCCGCGGUCACCGCCCUCGCCGCGGAGACACUCGUCCAACUCGUCUGAUGAAGAUAGACGUUCAGGAAAACGUUCUAGAAGCAGAUCGAUCCCGCGCAAGUACCGCGCGCGGUCCCGCUCGCGUUCGCGCUCGGGCUCCAGCGGCAGCGGGUCUCUGGCGUCGCGCCGCCGCCGUUCCGCAUCGCCGCGCUCGCGCUCACGCUCCGACGCGAGCCGCUCCUGCUACUCGCGCAGCCGCUCGCGCUCGCGCUCGGUCUCUAGGGAACGAAUGCGUCGCAUGGGUCGACGGGGCAACUGGCGCGGCCGCGGGGGCUUCGAGCGUGGCACCUACUACCGGCCCCGCUUCCACACUUACAACGGCGGCGGGAACAGGGGCCGCGGCCGCGGCGGGGACUUCCGCAGGGACGACGGGAGGCGCUUCCAGCCCGAGUGGAGGGACAACAGGUCUCGAGGUGGCCGGCCGUUCAGACCCAGGCGUGGGGGUGGUGGACGUGGGAGACCGUUCAGGGGUGGAUUCCGUGAUUUCCGUGAUAGACGCAUGCCAAGAUACUCCCGAUCCAGGAGCCCUGACAGGACCCGCCGGUCAAGAUCUUACAGCCCAGAGAGAAGAGACAAAGAUAGAGAUAGCUAUUCACGCGACAGUCACCGCAGUGAGGGUGAAUACGAAGAAGAAAGAUACGUGGACCGCAAGGAGUAUGACGGCAAGUGGGCGGACGGGAACGAGCCCGAGCGUAAUCACACCGAGGAGAAACCAGAAGAACCACCUAAGGAG